AUGAAUCAAAUCAAUUUUAUGUUAUUUUUGUUCGCGACUCUUUGCACUCUAGUGCCUUCCAUCAUAGCAGUGCUUCCUGGAACUUGGCCAGCAAUUAACGUCCCCCCACCAGUAAAUGCAAAUUAUUCAAGACUUGUAAAUACAACUAAGAUUAGGAAUGCUCCAGUCAGUAGAGUGAAUGCUACCUGUCCAACUACUGAUACUUACUGUUAUUGGAGUUGUACAACUUGUAUGAGAAAUGAUACUGAUAUUUAUCGAUGUCCUAACAAAUUAGAUUGGGGUCUUACUUUAGAUGAUGGUCCAUCUCCAUUCACGACUAUAGUUCUGGACUAUUUAGCUACACAAAAUGUUAAAAUUACCUUUUUCGUUAUUGGCUCUAAUGUAUACCAAUAUCCAGAAAUCUUACAAAGAGCUUAUAAAGAAGGACAUCAAAUUGCUGUACAUACUUGGUCACAUCCUAUGUUAACAACUCAAAACACUGAUCAAGUUAUUGCCGAACUUAUGUAUACUAUUGAUGCUAUAAAAGCCGCUAUUAAUGUUACUCCUACGUAUAUGCGUCCUCCAUUCGGAGAUUACGAUGAUCGAAUUCGUGAUAUUUCAACUCAACUUGGCAUGAAACCAACAAUUUGGGAUUUAGACACUAACGAUUGGAUGUCGGCCGAUGAUCCAACUUUUCAAAUUUCUUGGGUCGCAGCUAAUUUUACUAAAUGGGUAGCUGAUCCAGCUCUAACCAGUACUGGUCACAUCUCUCUCGAACAUGAUAUAUAUAAUCAAACCGCUGCUCAAAUUCCUUUGGUCGUACCAAUUCUUAAGAAAGCUAAUUAUAAUAUAAAACCUCUUUAUCAAUGUAUGGGAAAUUCUCCUUAUAAGGAGAAUAAUAAACAUUUGGUUGAACUACCAUAUCAUACUGAUUUUUGGUUGACG